AUGCCACCCCAACGCGCGCCCCAGUCCCCUUUCCCGCGCCAUCGCAGUAAGCGGAUUGCCUGCAGGCAAUGUCGCCAGUCAAAGCUUCGAUGUGAGGUAUCCACAGGUGGUGCUAUCCCCUGCUCCCGAUGUCGCCGGCUGGGCUACGAAUGCCGGCUUGAUGUGGCGUAUCAACGUGUCAACGGACGAGAGAGACUAGAGGAACUGGAGAAGGAAGUUCAGCAUCUGCGCUCAUCCGUCUCCACUCAUCCUCCUGCUGCCGCGCCACAGUCCCUCCAAGGCAUUCUCCUCACCCCCAGCGAAUCGUACCAUGCCGAUGCCUCCUCUAUCAUCGUUCAGGAACCCUCAGGGUCGCGAGUGGAUCUGGUGGCUUCCCAAAUGCCACAUUUGCCAGUAGAACCUACAACUCCCGUACAUUCCUUGCCAUCCCAGCCACCUAGUCAACCGUCGCCUUUACUUACCGACACGACAUCCCCAACCUCAUCCAGGUCGCUAGAGUUUGUCCACCUCCAUGGGUUUCAAGUAAAUGCUCUGUUCAACAUCUUCUUCACUCACUAUCAUCCCUACGUACCCUUGUUGGAUCCAACCAUCUCCCCGAACCAAUAUUAUGCUCGAUCUGCAGUGUUAUUCUGGUCCAUCAUUCUGCUGGCCUCUCGUCGAUAUACGGAAGAACCUGGCUUGUUUGUCAGUCUCACGGCUCCCGUCAAGAAGCUCUUAUGGGAUACCAUCGCCAAUCCUCCGCACACCUGGCAUGUCGUGCAGGCUAUCAUCCUAGUGUGUCUGUGGCCAUUUCCCACUUCAUCUCUUUCCUCCGAUAUUACAUCCAUUCUCCUAUCCACCGCACAGACGAUCUCCCUCCGCAUCGGGCUGCAUCGACCAGAAGCCAUCCAGGAUUUCUCCCGAACCAAAAAACGUUUGAUGCCGGAUGAGAUGGCCGAAGUAACUCGAACAUGGGCGACCUGCUAUAUCACCGCUCAAACAAUCGUAACCAUAGACGGGCAAGUAUGGGUCUCAUCAGACUGGAUGAUCGAUCGGCUUUGUGACCGGGACAGCGCCAUGAUCCCGUCGUCCCUCAAACAUCAACUCCUCAUAUCACGUUAUUCGGCCCGGGUAGGUCAGUUCAUGUCCAGCCACUCACAGGGCCCGACGGAUCUUCCUCGUCCAGGGGAAUUCAUCUCCCUUCUGGCCCUACUAGAGCGAGAAUACACCGAGCUGGCAUCUACUUUGACCAGCUUCAUAUCAGGUCCGUCACACAUGCCAAUUUAUCUCAUCCCAUCAUUACUAACCUUGCCCACAGAGGAGAACAAAGUCCUUCUAAAUGGCAUCGGUCUCCAACUCUACGUCUUCUACCUACUCGAAGAAUCCGACUCCGACACGCGUAAACGCGGGCUCAUCCGCGCAUACAGCAUGUCAAUCUCCACCAUAGCAAUUAUCAACCAACUCGAAGCCCUCACCGACGCCAUGGCUUACGGGCCCGUGUCCUAUUUCCGUAUCAUCUCUCUCGCAGCCAUUUUCAUACUCAAAUUGAGCUAUUCGAACCUUGGCCCGUACCUAGACCUAGAAACCGGUAAACGCUCAUUCAACUCUGCCAUUGCCCUUACCCGUCGGAUAUCUAUCGAGGACAAUGAUCUCCCCGGACGCAUGUCAAAGAUUCUCACCCAGUUGUGGAGUGCUCAGAAUAUUCAUCGCGGGCAGCGGGACAAGCCCCCAGGCUUGAGGCUGAAAACGCGUUUGGCUGCCAGUUUAGUCCAUGAUUCCAUGUGGAUGUGGAGGGAGCAGUUCGGUGGACAGCCUCGCAGUGGGACGAAUACACCUCUUGCGAGUCGCGGGCACUUCACCGACAAUAGGGCUAUGGAGCAGCGCGGGGGACUAAGCGCCCGGGAGACAGGCUCGGCUGGCCAGGAGGCUACUACUAAUUUUCCGGUGGGUAUGGAAGAUGCUUGUUCAAAUGGAUUGACACUGGAGGAUGUUGUCGAUGCAGAGUUGCUUGCGUUGUUGCCUUUUAGCUUGGACGGGGAAAUUUUCACUGCUCCUGGAGGGUGUUGA